AGUUCACAAUACACUGGUGUACUCCGAAGACAAUAUGGAUGUUUUAAGACCACAAAUUAUCACAAUAGGAGACCGCUGUUACAGAGUCAACCCAUCACUGAACAGAGAUAUUAAUGCACUUGAAGAGGAACAAUACGAGGAGUCCACAGUGCAGUGUAACAACUGGAAUGAUGAGACCUGUGAUAUGAUGCCAGACAUUGAAGAGACAGAUAAAGGCUUUCAGACCACUGUUAGCCUACCUAGUGCAUUUUUUAAACACAUCAUUGGCAGGAAGGGUGAAACCAAACGUCGACUGGAAACAGAGACCAAAACUCAGAUCAGGAUCCCCAGGGAGGGAGUGGAGGGGGAUAUUAUAAUCCUUGGACCAGAGAGAAAGGGCGUGAUUUCAGCCAAGACAAGACUGGACGUCAUUGUUGAUUCUGUACGCCGAAAAGAACCAUUCACUCACUUUCUGUCCUUCCCAGUGAACUUACAGCCAAUCAGAGAGAAUUUCUUAGAGUUUCAGGAGGAUAUUUUGAGGAGUUGUGAUAGUGAUAGAGGAAUAGACAAGACAAUAUUUCAGAAGCCUGAGAAGCUACAUCUAACAGUGGGUACGCUAGCACUGCUGAAUAAACAAGAAAUAGAGCAAGCCCUGGAGACACUUGAAGAAUGUAAAUCAAGUCUUGUUGAACCUAUCCUGAAGGGUGAGCCCCUCACGGUGAGGUUACAGGGGCUGGAGUACAUGAAUGAUGACCCUGGCUCCGUGGAUGUCCUCUAUGCCAAAAUCCAACCCGGGGAACAGGCAGAAAGGCUUCAGAUUUUGGCAGAUCGAUUGGUUGACAGAUUUUCUACAACAGGCCUAAUGCAGCAGGAAUAUAGUCGAGUUAAGCUUCAUGUAACAGUUAUGAACACUCUAAUGAGGCGGGACCCAACCUCCAUAGCAGGGGAGAGGCCCACAGAGGGGAAACGAGGCAAUAAAGAAAGGGAGUCCUUUGAUGCCACAAAUGUGAUGAAAAAGUUUGGACAUUAUGACUUUGGAGAAUUCACCAUUAACAGCCUGCAUCUGUCUCAGCGACAUGGAUUAGGAGAGGAUGGUUAUUAUGGAUGUGCUGGCUCAGUAUCAUUACCACGACCUUAAAUCAUGUGACGUUACCAUGACCUUAAAUCAUAAGACAUUCCAUGGAUUUGUUAGCAUGACCAUUAAUCAUGCAACUUUCGCCUCAAUUUGUUAUCAUAUAAAUCAGUUUAAGCUUCUGCUAAAAAUAAAUUUUAAAAUGAA